GAAUGUUACUUUGAGUAGUGAGCAGUAUCCUGGUCUGGUGAGGGGAAGAUAUGGAGUAAUCUCGGAUACAGAUAUACAGGCCUUCAAUAAUAUUCUUGAUACAGGUAGAGUGCUGACCGACACUGAUGAAUUAGAAGGAUAUAAUGUAGACUGGUUAAGGACUGUCAAAGGUCAAAGCAGAUGUGUUUUGAAACCGAGGAGCACAGAAGAGGUUUCAGAAAUAUUAUCGUACUGCAAUAAACAAAGAUUAGCUGUUGUUCCUCAGGGUGGGAACACUGGUUUAGUUGGUGGUUCAGUUCCAGUUUUUGACGAGAUUAUUCUCUCAUCUCAGCUCAUGAAUAAGAUUAUAAAUAUAGAUGAGGACACCGGGGCAACUGUUUGUCAGGCUGGAGUAGUGCUAGAGAACCUGGAUACUGAGGUAGCUAAACAUGGUUUAAUGGUUCCUCUGGAUCUAGGAGCCAAGGGAUCAUGUCAUAUUGGGGGCAAUGUUUCAACUAAUGCUGGAGGACUUAGACUACUCAGAUAUGGAAGCUUGCAUGGAUCAGUGUUAGGUGUAGAAGCUGUUCUAGCCAAUGGAGAGGUUAUAGAUUGUUUGACUACCCUUAAGAAGGAUAAUACUGGGUAUGAUCUAAAGCAGUUGUUUAUUGGUUCGGAGGGAACUCUGGGCUUCAUUACAAAGGUUGCCAUCUCUUGUCCCACUCGACCAAAAUCAAUCAAUCUUGCUUUACUAGCUGUUCCAUCUUUUGAGGGCGUGAUAACUGUGUUUAAGAACGCCAAGUGUAGCUUAGGAGAAAUAUUAUCAUCUUGUGAGUUUAUGGACACUGCAGCCAUGGAAUGUGUGACAGGUCAGCUAAAAAGUCAAUCGCCCACCAUUUUACAUCAUUUUACUAUUUAUGUAUUGUUAGAGACAAGCGGGAGCAACUCUAAUCAUGAUGAGGAGAAACUAAACCAGUUCUUAGAGAACAUGCUGGGAACAGGAACAGUAACAGAUGGAACAGUGGCAGUUGUUCCAUCCAAGCAGAGGGAUAUCUGGCAGCUUAGGGAAAGAGUAGCAGAAUCCCUACUUUUAGAUGGAUAUUGCUACAAGUAUGAUAUAUCCCUACCCCUCUCUGUAUUCUACAAUGCUGUGCUUGAUAUGCGCAAAAGACUGGGGGAUAAAAUGAUCCGAUGCCUGGGUUACGGUCAUGUUGGGGAUGGCAAUCUUCACCUCAAUGUUACUACAAAGGAGUACUCUAAGGAGGUUCAUGAUUUGAUAGAACCCUUUCUCUACGAAUGGACUGCUAACUACAGAGGAAGUAUCUCUGCUGAGCAUGGUUUAGGGUUUAAGAAGAGAAACUAUAUAGGAUUCUCUAAAUCUCAGCCUGCUAUACAACUCAUGAAAAACAUCAAACAGGUUAUGGAUCCCAGAUGUAUUCUGAACCCCUACAAGGUUCUUCCAGAUUGAUAAAAUAUAAAUUAAUAAGUUUAUUAUUUGUUAAUAUGUACAGGGUAAAAUAUAAAGUAAAUGGUU